AUGGCAGAGACCAGGUAUAGCACAGUCUUCCUCACACUGGAGUCAAUCCAGUCAGUCCAUGGAGAGCUGCAGGAGCUUCUUCAGAGCCGUGGUGAGAGCACGCGAUUGCGCAAUGUCUCCCCAGAUGUUCUAGCCUUCCUUGUGGAAUUUCUGCGCCCAUUUAGCGAUGCGCAAAAGGAGCUAGAAGGGGACAAAUACCCAACACUGCACCUUGUCGUGCUCUGGGCCAACAAGCUGAAAAGCCACUGCCAACCAGACGUGGCUGAUACUCCUUCCCAGGCUGUCAUUCGCCAACGACACCUUGACUGGUUAAUGAAAAAAAUCCAAAUCCAGCCAGUUCAUAAAAUUGCCAUCUUCCUAUGGCCUAAGUUCAACCAACUACGAAUGUUUACUCUCGCUGAGAGGAGCGACAUCCAGCAACAGGUCAGAAUCCAGAUAAACCGCUUCAGGGAGGGAGAGGAUGCACGUCGGCAGGAGCAGUCUACACAAUCAGGGUCAGGUGCAGUAGCAGCAGCUGCUGGUCCCGCACCAAAGAGGAGAGCACUGGCGGAGUUUGAGGACGCGUGGGAAAAUGUCAGAGUGGACAACGAAGAUACUGAUGAAAUCCAGGUCUACCUCAGCCUCAACCCCACCAUGGAAGCUGAUGGAAGGGAUCUACUGAGCUGGUGGAAGCAACACGAGACCACAUUGCCGUUACUGGCACGUCUGGCCCGCAUGGUCUUCAGUGUCCCGGCCAGCAGCAGCAGCAGCGAGCGUGCUUUUAGCGCAGCUGGAAGAGUCAUAGAGGAAAGGAGGACUGGACUUUCCCCUGAAACGGUGGAUGCAGUCCUUUUUCUGCAUGAUGCCAAAUAG